CGCCAGUCUCUCUUUCCUGGAAUCUCCAUCUCAGUCACUGAGAAUUGGCCACGACGGCACAGAAACUCAAAAAUGUACUCGAUACUGGAAGAUUAUUGACGGCCUCAUGACGAUGAAACUGCGGUACAUCAUCACCGCAGUGUGCUGGUUUGCCGGGAUCACCUGGGCUUCGGCCCAGUGGACCUUCCGGAAAGCGCGUCGGGUCCAAGUCACAGAGAUCCGGCGCGUCGCCGCUGAUGGGUAUCUGUCCAUCAAGCGUCGGGCAACGGAGGUCAUGCGACCGUCUGCUCCGACAGUUGAGCAGAUUGCCCAUCAGCGGCGGGCGCAAACAGCCCCACGACAGUCCCUGCGCCAGCUUCCCCGAAAUCUUCGUCCUGUUUCUGCACAGCUUCGCAGUCGCAAAUCAUCAAGGGAACACACUGUUCCUCAAAAUACAACCGGUGCCCAGCCAAUGGGACCACCCAGCCCCCCCGCAUCUCCUCUGGCGGCCGACAUUCCCAUCCUGGAGACUCAAGAGCCAACGAUUGAUCGGUCUGCGCGCGUCGAGGACGUGUCCGACGAAGAUAGUUUUGAAGAGAGAAGAAAAGAGUCACGGCUCUAUCUCGAGAAAGUGCGCAUCAAGAGGAAGGCUAUUGAAGAUGAAGAAAGGAAUCGGCCAAAGAGCCUUGACGAAAUGAUAGCUCUGGAGAAUGCCAGAAAGCUACGAACCCAUGACGAGACGACGGCUCGGAAGCAGGCUCAGAAGCAAGUGGAGGAGGAGAAGUUACAGAAGAUGGCCCAAGAGCUGGCCGGGAAGAAAUCCCAGAGGAUAGCACAGCAAGAGGCCGCCAAGGAGGCGGAGAGACUGGUACAGGAAAUGGCGCGGCCGACUUCGCGGCAGCGACCCAGGCUGGCGGAGAGAGUGACACGACCAAGGGUACAGCUGGUUUCCCCACAGAGUUCCAAACAGGAUGCCGAAGAUGAGGCAGAGAGUUCCGAACAGGGGGCCGAAUAUGAGGCAGAGAGUUCCGGACAGGAUGCCGGAUAUGAGACAGAGACACCAGCAAAGCGAUUGGCGCGGACGAUUGGCAAGCAACGGGCGAACAAGGCAGAGAAAGGAGCACAGCAAGCGGUCCGGUCGAUUUUGAAGCGCAAUCACCAUCAGGAGGCUCAAGAUGAACCUUCACCAUUGAUACAGGCGCCCGUAGUGGCUUCUGCAGAUGUUGAAAAGGCUCGAGAUGAGAGCUAUGUUGAUUACUUCCUCAUGCCCGGAGUAUAUGAAGAAGCGGAGGUUCUAGAGGCCGGGGUCGAGGUUGGUUUGAAAAGCCUUGCCUUGGAAUCGUCCAAUGAACAUGCGGAAUGGAAGACUGAAGAUGACAAAAGGAGGAAGAAGGUGUUCGAAGAGUAUACUCGGCUGGCUGCUGAAGAACUGGCCAGGGCUCAAGCAGAAGCAGAGAAAUUGGCUAGAGAGAUUGCAGAAGAAGAAGCUGGUCGAGAACCACAUACAGGGCGUCGUCGACUACAGACGAAGCUUGUUCAGCUCAGCGACGAGUGGCAGGUCAAGGUUGACCAAGCUAUGAGGAAGGGGGAGGGCGCUACUCUGGCCACCACCUUAGACGGGACGCAGCUGGUGAAGAGGGACUUUGUCACAGUACUCGGCCGUGCAGCUUGGUUGAACGACAAUAUCAUCAAUUCAUACGUGGAAAUGGUAGUUGAACACGCAAACAAAAAGGCUGGAAGAAACCAACGUGACAAAACUCCAAAGGUCGUCGCACAAAAUUCUUUCUUUUACAAGAAGAUUCAUGACGACGGGCCCCAAUCCGUAUCUCGCUGGAUGAGACGGAAACGGGCUGCAGGGAAGAACUUACUGGAGGUUGAGACAAUGUUGAUACCGGUGAACAACGCCUCCCACUGGACAAUGAUUGUCGUCUCUCCGAAAGCCCGCACAAUCGAAUACCUGGACUCUUUUGGCGGGCCCAAAGAUGUCUUUAUACGCAACACGAAGGCAUGGCUGGCGAUAGAGCUGGGCUCUGCGUGGAAUGAGGACGACUGGCGCGUCCUUAACACACAGUCUGCCAGUCAGCAUAAUGGAUACGAUUGUGGGGUGUUUGCGGUUACCAACGCUGAGUGUGUCGUGGGUGGGGUCACCACCACCAGUUAUGAUGGCGGCGAUAUGACUAUGCAACGCCGUCGGAUUGCGGCUGUGUUAUUAAACGGAGGGUUUGGCGGGGAUCUGGAAGCAGCGGAGGAUAUGUGAGGGCCGGGGGUGGAGAGUUCGCCCGGUGGAGGGGCAUGAAUCCACUCCUGGCUCUCGGCUUGGCGGGGGUUGUGGUUUGAUUCUUGUGUUUAAAUUUUUGUGUGGUUCUAUUCAUGUGUCCACGGCGUUUUUAAAAGGUUGGGAGGAGGCCUUUGUGGGAGUUCUGGGAGCAUGGGUUUGGCGUUUUUUGUUGAUUCUAAUCACUGUAAUAACGAUUACGGGGAAGGGGUGGCUGGUCGGCGUUGGCGGACGUCGGCUUGUUUUCCCCCUGGCCUUCGAUAGACUAAUGAUGCGAAGAAUUCUGAAAGAAAGUUUCACACG